AUCACACCAGUUCUGGAAGGGAGUUGUCGCAUCCAAGGGCCUGUGGAUGAGUCAGACCUUGAGUUCCAGGGGAUGAAAUUCGGUUACACUUCCAGUUGAGCAAAAAUACAUGGUUAUGAAGAAAAGUUAUUGUAAAAGAGUAGAAUCUGGGACGUGCAACGUGUGUUCUGCUCCCUGUUCAUCCUGUAUGCACUUCAAUAGGUCCACAUCAGUCAUGGGGUCAAAUGUAGAUGGUGGUUACACUGCUGUCAAGCUCAUGAGAGAUGAAACUGAUUGCUGUUCUUUCAAUGUGGCCGAUGUUCAUCCUAUAUACAAGAGUGGAGCAUGUGAUGAUCUGCAACAUGCAGCCAGUGAAUCAAGUAACCUAUUAAGUGUCAGUUCCAGCCUUGAUUCAUUUUCUGAAAAUGCUGAAAGUAAAGCAGCUUUAGCUCCAAAUGCUACAUUUGAUGUAUCUGAUGAUGUAGAAAUGCCAUCAAAGAUGUUUUCAGGGGAGACUGGUGGAAAGGAUGCUGUCCUUCAAAAAGCAACUAGUGUGUCUACUCGCCACCUGUUAUCCUCAAGUAGCUAUUCUGCAUCCAGUUUACAUCAGGUGGCAUUUACAAACCAAAAUGAAGAGCAACGUCAGCUAGAAUGCCAUGGGGACAACAUUUCAUGCCUUACUGGUGGUACAGAUGCCAAUGGUGCAGUCAAUCUUCUUAAUGCUGAUGUUGUCAGGAAGGAAACUACCCAUAGUAUGAUGUCAACCAAAAAUGAGGUUGCUGAAGGAGUUAAAACAGAGCCUGUGGUUGAAGUGUGCCAUAUCUCUCAUGAGCGUGAGAUAAAGGAAGAUGAGAUAAAAUCUCUCCCACCAAGUGCCUGCUUAAAUGAACCUUUUUUGCAAAAGAGAAGUCUUGGCUCUUGUGCAGCGAGAGCUGACUUUUCUAGCAAUUCUGAUCUUGUGAAUAUCCCUGCCUUGAAAGUGAAUUCCAUGAAGGGCGAGCCUUCUGACUAUCUCAAGGAGAAGGUAGAAUUUUCAUUAGGAGCACCAAUAGUAUCGAGCAGUAUUGAAGGAACAAUGCAAACCAGCCAUCCAGAGGGCAAAGCAUGCCAAAUCAAAGGCAAUUCUUCAUUAGGAGCUCUUGAGAGCAAUUGUCCUCGAUUAGAAUCUGAAAGUUCCAAGGAAACUGAGAACAUCCCUAAUGAAAGGCUUGAGGAUGUUCAGCGUAGUACAAGGAUUGAGCCAUCUGAGAAGUCAAGUACUCCCAAUGGAGACUUCAAAAAUUCAGGGGUCUGCAAAGCGCAUCAGCAAACAAAUGAACGUGAAAAUUCUGUAUCCGACAUAGAGGAUGUAAAAGUCUGUGAUAUAUGUGGUGAUGCAGGUCGAGAGGAGUGUCUUGCCAUCUGUGGUAGAUGCAGUGAUGGAGCUGAGCACAUUUACUGCAUGCGGAUAAUGAUGGUGAAAGUUCCAGAAAGUGAGUGGUUAUGUGAAGAAUGUAAGCUUAAGGAGGAUGCUGAAAACAAGAAAGUAGAUAAAACUGAGGAAUUACCUGCAGUGUCGAAAUUUCAAUCCAUGAAAGAUAGAGAAAACUCUGAAAGAACCUCCCACCUUAAGCUUUUGCCUAAGUUAGAGAUGAAGGCAGCAGAUCAAGAAGUGAAAGGGGUUCUUAAGGGAAUACACAGUCCAAAGUUCUCUUCUAAGAAUCACGAUGAUAAUUUGGAGGUGUUUUCCAUGAAUAAUAAAAGGCUUUCUGAAUCAAAUGAUGGGACCAUAGGGACAGCAAGCCCAAGAAAAAGAAUUGCCUUAUCUCGAGAGAGUUCAUUUAAGAACCUGGAUGCAGAAAAAGCUAAUCCAGCCAAGACAGGAUCAUCCUCUGUAAAUCAAACUGUAAAUAGUCCUAAAGCACUUGCUCGUGCGCAAACAUCUGGUUCUAAUCCCUCCAAAUACCAAACCCUGCUCCAGACUUCUCGAGGGUCUUUAUCAAGAUCAUUUUCUUUCAAUAACUCAGGCACAAAAGGAAAAGUAAAACAGUUCAUUGAGAAAAUCCCUGCAAAUUUAAAAAACCCCAAAGAGAUUUCUCCCAUAGAUGUGAGAAAAGAUAGAGUUGUCAGGACAAUGGGUAAAAGUGCAUCCUUUCGAAGUGUUGGUUCAGGGCGCCCUGGUAAUGAGAAAGCAAUUAAAAUCCAACCUUUUAAUUCACCCAGGGCAGAAGAUUCAAGAGCUUCUAAACAGUUGAAGGAAAGAAAUUCUCUAGAAAAGAAAAGUUCCUUCAAGUUGGACCGUACCUUUGCUAGUCCAGCAUCAAUAUUAAAUACUGGAGUUACUUCAAAGUCAGACCUGAAGCCUUCUCCUUACCAUGGAAAGUCGAGAUGCAAUGAGGGGAAGAAACGGCUAUUGAAUGCGCAAAAGUCCUUUGGAAGUCGAUCUUUAAAUGGUUGCAGUUCUGAAUGUCAAAAGCCAAGCAUGCUUCCUUUGAAGGAAGGUGUUCGUACUUGUGUUGAUAGUUCAAACAUUCACACUGAGGCUGUUCCCUUACGCGGUUUACCUCAGGCUGCAGAAUCCUCCUUACAGGAUGAGAAAAUGAAGGACUCCAGUUUCUCAAAUGGUUCAAGGCAAGUAGGUGCAACUAGUUGCCGGCUAGUGCGCUGCCAAAAAUGCAAUGAAACAGGUCAUGCUACUCAGCACUGUUCCAUUGACAAGUUUCGUGUUUCUGCUCUGAAACCAUCUGCUGACCGUUGUUCGAAGGAGUGGACCAGCAAAAAUUGCAAGUGGAAAGAUGCAGUAGAAGCAGUUGUUUCUAAGACUAAAAUGCAAAAGUAUAUCAGAUCACUUGAUCAACCCCAGGAAUCAGCGGUGGCAAGUGAAGUAGAGUCUAGAAAUAUUUCACCAAAUUGCUCAAGUUCGGCGAGGAAUUUGACUUCCCUGGAGAGUACAAGUGAUCAGCCGGAGGCUUUUAGAAGUUCUGAUGCUGGUCCUGGCAGAACUGGAAGUGCCAGCAAUGUAAAGCAGCAAGGCAUGCGUCUGGUGGAAGCCAGCACUGGUGGAACUGGAGAGUCAAACAGCAAUUUGGAGAAAUCGACUUUGAAGUCUUUUGGUCAAAUGCAUCCUGAUUGUGCUUCUGCACUUGAAGAUCCAUUAAGAGUUUCUGUGUUUCCAGAGCUGGAAUACAUAUGGCAAGGUGAUUUUGAGGUGCUGGGAUCCGCUAGACUUCCUGAACCAUUUAAUGGUGUUCAAGCUCACUUGUCAACAUGUGCAUCACCUAAAGUACUUGAAGUUGUGACCAAGUUUCCUGGCAAAGUCAUUUUGGAAGAAGUAUCCAGUCGAAACACAUGGCCACUACCAUUUCUGAGGACCAGUCCUAAAGAAGAUAAUAUUGCUCUUUUUUUCUUUGCAAAGGAUAUUGAAAGUUAUGAGAAGAACUAUAAGAAGCUGGUGGAAAAUAUGCUGAAAAAUGACUUGGCCCUUAAAGGGAUUAUUGAUGGGGUUGAGCUUUUAAUAUUUCCCUCUGUUAAGCUUCCAGAGAAAUCCCAGCGUUGGAACAAUUUGUUUUUCCUCUGGGGUGUAUUUCGGGGAAGGAGCAUAGAUUGCUUAAACUCAGUGCCUAGCCUGCCAAAACCUUGCCAGUCCAGUCUUGAGAUUGAGCCUUUGGUCUCUGUUUCUGUCUGUCCCUUGGCUCCUGAAGUUUCCACCUCCAGGAAUAUAGAUAUGCAUGAGAUUCCCGAGAAGACUUCACCCAAGUUUGAAAUAUCACAACAGGCAAAGGCAGCUGGGUCCAGUUCUGAUGUGGAUAUGCUGCCUGUUUCAAUUUCAGGAGAUAAGGAUAUGAUUUUCCAGACACAAACAUGUCUGCUUAUUCGGCCAUCAGGUCCCACAGCUGGCUCGCUGCAAACUCAUAUAAAAUCUUGUCCUGAUUCAGGGGUUCAGAUGAACACACCGCAAUUGUGCCUUCAGCAGGAAUGUGUUGUCACUCACCCGAUGAAUUUGGGCAGUUAUUCUGAGGGUGAAAGAGGUGUUGGACAGCAACAUAAUGCACAGUUCAGUGAUAGCAAGUAUGAUGCAUUGCCUUCGUCGCCUGUUGAUUGGACUUUGAAAAAUGGCAGAGAAGGUAGUGAAUGCGGCUUUAGGAAUAAAGAAAUGAGGGAGAAGUCAGCCCGUGUGAAAAAUGACGUUUUGUUUGAUAAUGACCAGGAUAAACUUCUGCCAACUACUGACCACCUCAGCUGUGAACCAAAGCCUCUGAGAAAACGUGUAAGCUCGUGGUUAGUGGAUACUGCCUCACAGGUUUCUGGUGAAACAUCAAAGACCAUGGAUGGAACAAAGUUGUGGAAGGACAGCUUAAAUUUGACAUGUCUAAAUAAUGACACAGAAAACAAGAAGAUGAAGUUUCAUGCAGAACGGCAUGUCGGGUAGCUGCGGUUCUGUAGAAGAGAAUAUGAGUGGUAGAUUAUCAUCCAAAAUAAAUCCUCUGUUAGGUAGUUUUGCAAACGCGCAGCUACAUACAGAUAGCAUCUCUAGUGAACCGACGAUGAUGGCCGAGAGCUCAAGAAGUGCUGAACGGUAUGUCUUCCCGGUGGAUUUGAAUUCUGUUUGUGGUGCCGAAACAGAGAAUGUCAUUCAUGUUCUUUCUUCGGAUGAUGAAGAAGCCCCUGAAAAUAACUCGCCUGAUCUAGAACUAGCUUUGGGAGGCAAGAAGAAGCCUGCUAAACAGGAGAUGUUGCCCCUGUUCUUUCCUUUGUUUGACAGACGAAAUAAUCAAAAUAAGAUGCGGGUAAAUCAUGGGGAUGAUGAUGUUCCAGCUUCACUUUCUCUCUCUCUCGGCUUUCCUGUCCUGGAGAAGGAGCAGAAGGCAAAACCCCUUCCGAGAACAGAACAGCUUUUACCUAACACAUCUUUGCUUCUAUUUGGAGGCUUCAAUGACAUCUGAUUUCACUGGGAGUUUUCUUGGUUGCGUUGUAAAUUAUCACCAAAGGGUUUUUAGUUAGAAAUAUACUGAUAUGAAGAUAAUCAAUCAAGAAGGAGCCUCUAGCCUAUAUGUUUAUAACAGCACAACAUGGGUGUCUUCACCUUUUUCCCAAUUUGUUUUACUUUCCUUUUUCCCCUAGGUCUUGGUUUACAGAUCAGAGUCGCGGCUGGUUGUAUAUAAGAGAAGGCCGCUCUGUUACUGCCAUGGGUGUUAACUCUCUGAAUUGUGUUUCUCUGUAAGUUCCCAUAAUUAUAAAUUUUCUUGUGCUUAUUAUUACUUAAAUACAUUUUA